AUGACCGACGUUCGUUCUCUGCUCCGCUCGGAGCGCGCUUCGCGCCGUAUCACACACCCCUACGCAACUUACUCAAGCACAGGUACUUUGGUUUGCAUUCUUUGCCAGGUACAGCUCAAAUCCGAUACCCUGUGGGACACACAUCUCCGAUCACGACAACAUGGUACGCAGCUUCAAAGGUUACGCGACAGAACAGCUGGACGAACCGGAGAGGACGCGCCGCCGCCCACUAAGAAGCGGAAGGCAGACGAUGGGGAGAAUGAGGAGGGAAUGAGCUCCGGAGAUGCCAGAGAGACAAGGAAACGAACAAAAUCGGCUGAGCCGACCAAGGGUCUUCCAGCAGGAUUCUUCGAUGCAGGUCAGGAACCUGAAUUGGAGGACGUCAACAUUACGGAAGCCGACGAGUCUGGCCCCGCCGCUCCUGAAGAAACUCUACAAGAUCGGGACGAAGACAAUGCACAGCGUUCAGCAACAAUAACUGAAACUGCAUCGGCCGCCGCCCUUCCAUUAAAUUUCUUUGAUGACCCCUCCGCCGCCCCAUCUGCCCCUUCCGCACCGGUCAAAUCCCAACCUCCGCCAUCAGCACCUACCUUUACAGCUGUCGACGAGGACGAGUGGGCCGCCUUUGAGCGAGACGUCGCUGCGACAGAGGAAGAAGUGCAGACUGUGGUUCCCUCUGUCCGCCCUACAGCAGCAUUCACCGCAGCCGCAACCAUCACCGCCCAGCCCGUUUCUGCUGGCGAAGUUGCUGCCCGCGCUGAGGUAGAGGCCGCAACACGCAAUUCCGUUACACAACGAGAAGCCGAGCUCGAAGCGGAAAAGGAAGAUGCAGCGCGUCGGCUCGAACAAGAAUUCGACGAAAUGGAAGACUUGGAAGAACGCGUCCGACGACUUCGUCGGAAACGCGAGGAGCUUCGCCAUGGCGGUGGCGGCGGCGCUACUGCUGCAAGUGGCACGACGAGUAGUAUGGACCUUGACACUGAAGAUAAUUCCACCUCUGCAGCAGCAGCAUCAUUAGCGCAAGCAGAAGAAGGCAGCAGAAUCAGGACAGGUCCAGGCCCAGUCGUUGAUGGCGGCGGCGGUGGACAAUCAGAGUCCGACUCUGAUGAAGACGAGGAUGACGAUGACGAUGACGAUUGGGACGAAUGGCGACUCCGUGGCGCAUGA